CCCUGGCAGGAGGGGCGGAGGGAGGAAAGGAGGCGCCCUUCCCCGGCGUUGCCACAACUCCAGGCGUCCCUUGGCACCGACGUCAGUUUGGUCAACAAUCGCCGGGUAUAAAGCGCUCCAAUCACGGCGAGGCAGGAGGGGGGCCCAGGCACGGCGGCUCAGAGCGUGAGUGUCCCGCUUUGGCAGCGCGGGGAGCGAACCCAUGCCCUCGCGGGUGGCCCGGCAGCCCAGCCCAGGUCGCCCCCGUCUUCCCGAGCCCCCUUCCCCCCGCAGCGCCACCGGGGGCCAUGGCGGAGAGCCUCCGGAGGAUGAUCAGCAACGAGACGUGCAGGGUCUUGCAGGAGAAGCUGGAGCGCUGGUAUCAGGAUUAUCAUAUUAACUCAUGUGAUCAGAAUCUGACCCGAUGCUGUGAAAUUAUGGAACUGAACUCCAUGAUCCAGGGACAACUUUUCACAAUCCUCAAUCAAACAUGUCAACAAGGUGGGCAGUACGCAGGCAUGGAAGUUAUUAAAUCUCGGCUCCUGCCAUGGCUAGGGUCUUGUCUUUGUAGCUAUUCUCCUGGAAGGCCUCUUGAAGCAAACUCUUCGCGCUUGCAGGAUUCACUGGAGAAAGACAGGACACUGAGGGAACUGUCCACUUCUCAGAGCCAUGAAAUAAAACAGCUGGAGAAAGAACUGAACGCCACUCGUUUGCAACUCAAUCUCGUAAAACAAGAUCUUGCAGAUACCCAAUUGGCUCUUGAGGACACAAAGGCCAAGUCAGCCACCACCAUUUUGGCAGCCGAGGAUGAAAUUGUUCAGCUAAAAGCAGAUCUAAAGGCUUCUCGAACAAAAGAAGAGUGUGCUCUGAUCAACCUGGAGCGACUGAAUGAGUAUGAGAAGCAGGUACUAACUCUGAAGGAUGAGAUUGCUGUCCUCGCUGCUCAGAAAUCGGUUCUGCAAAGCAAACUUGCACGGAGUCGGUCACCUUCCCCAAUAUCUGCCCGAAGUAGAUCUCCCAGCCCACCUCCAAUGAAGAGCUUCUCAUCUGGCCGUGCAAGACUCUCAAAUGCUUCCCGUCACGCUCACCUUGUGGAACGCUUCAGUGAUAUUUAUACUCAGGAACGCUUGGAUGCUCAAACUCUCUUGAGGAGUUACAUUGACGAUCUGGAGAUUGUGCAAAGAAUCAUCUACAUCGCAGCUGUGGAAUCUUUCCAGGUUGCAAAGAGGGCAUUCAGACAGUUCAAAAUGCGUGUUAGAAAGACUCUGUCCCUGAGUUACUCCGGUUCUGAAUCACUCGAAGACAUGGUGAUGGAUUAUAUCAUUCGCCAGGAGGAUCUCUAUGAUGUUCAGUCCAGUGUCAAUGAUGUCAUCUGUGCAAUGAACACCAAUCCUCAGAUUUCCUUCCCCCCAGAAGUUGAUUUUAUCAUGAUCAGUAGUUUAAUACGGGAGUUGUGCCGGGUAGCCUUUUCCAUGCAGACUUUGGAUCCUCCGCUCGAUGUUUCAUUUGGUACAGAUGGAGAACUUUUUAGCGAAUACAAAUACCGCCGCAGCUAUGACUCUGAAUUCACAGCUCCGCUGGUGGCCUACCAUGUGUGGCCUGCUCUCAUGGAAGAAGAUUCUGUCAUCGUGAAGGGAGAGGUAGUCACAAGAAGAGGUGCUCUAUGGUCUCACAGAAGUAGAAGCAGAAGCAGAUGCCGCAGUCGCAGCCUGAGCCCUCUGUCUCGCAGUGCUGGCUACACCCGACACUUGCGAUCUCGAAACCGCAGCCCUUCCCCGUUAAGGAGCGGAAGCCCAAGUAAGUGGGCCUAUUCAGAACUUAGACGAUCAUGGCUUUAAAAUGCUCGAAUAAUCAAGUAAACAGAAAAUACGAUGAUUAUUCAGUGUUAUUUUUCUUCAAAACAGCACUGUUCCUUAGUGAUUCUCCACGAACGUAAGAGUGUUUUUGUUCUUUUAGUAUCUUUAAAAGGCUUCUGAUUUGGAUCUAUGCUUGGUCUCCAGUUUUCUUUGAUCUCCAGGUCUCAGGUCAUCCAAAUGGCUACUAUCUCAAUAUCUGCUGCAGGUAGACAACUAUACAAUGAUAUCUGCCAAUGGUUCCUCUGAGGUUCCUUCUACACUGCCAUAUAAAGUCCAGAUUAUCUGCUUUGAACUGGAUUAUAUGGCAGUGUAGACUCAUGAUCCAGUUCAAAGCAGAUAAUGUGUAUUAUCUAUUUUGAUAAUCUGGAUUAUAUGGCAGCGUAGAAGGGGCUUGAGAGCUCUCUUUGGGGAUAUAAUGCCUAAUACUCAUCAUCCAACACAAAGCUAAGCAUUUUGAAAUGAAUGGAUAGGAUCCAAAACUAUCCUUUUGACACUAACUGUGGUGAGCAGUGGCUUCUAUGUGUGCUAAAUCUGCUCUGGGUUUUAUUCCAGACUUUAAAGGAGCCCACGAUGGCGCAAUGGGUUAAACCCUUGUGCCGGCAGGACUGAUGGCCAAAAGAUCAACGAUUUGAAUCCGGGGAGCGGGGUGAGCUCCCAUCUGUCAGCUCUAGCUUCCCAUGCAGGGACAUGAGAGAAGCCUUCCACAGGAUGGUAAAACAUCCAGGCAUCCCCCAGGCAACGUCCUUACAGAUAGCCAAUUAUCUCACAUCAGAAGUGACACAGUUUCUCAAGUCACUUCUGACAUGAAAAAAGGGGUCUGAAUCCUAUCCUCUAAAUAAAUUCAGCAACUUGGGCCAUUAUUUUAAAAUCUGGAAUAAAGUCUGGUUUAGAUUGAUUAUAUUCACGAAGGCUUUGACCAGUUCUGCCAUGUGAAACUAUUUUCAUCUGUGGAAUGGGAGGCGAGUAAUUAUUAUUUCCUUGGAUACACUUCUGCACCCUCAGAAUCUUCUCCAAGGAGCUGAGAAACUUGCUAUAUUCAGUGUUUUAGAUAGGUUUCAGGAAAGAGAAUAAGAUCUUGUUAUUCUAAGUGAUAUGAUUCUACGAUUGAUACAGGUUGAGCAACUCUUAUCCAGAAUUCUGAUUCUGAAAUACUCCAAAAGUGUCUGCAUGGAUGGCGGAGAUAGUGGCAUCUUUCAUCUCUGAUGGUCCCGUGUACAUGAACAUUGUUUCAUGCAGAGAAUUAUUAAAAUAUUGUCUAAACUUAUUUUCAGGCUACGUGAUUAAGGUGCUUGUGAAUCACAGGUGAAUUUCAUCUUUAGACUUGGGUCCCUUCUCCAAGAUAUAUCACUGUGUAUGUACAUGGAAAUACAGGUGUUCCAAAAUCGGAAAAAUUCCACAAUCCAAAACAUGUCUGGUCCCAAGCAUUUCUGAUAAGGGAGACUCACUUUAUAAUAGUCAUUAAAUGGCCAUAUCUUUCUGGGAAAUAUCAGUUCUGUGACCAUUAUUACACUUUAUACUGGAUCCUUAAAUAAUUAAGAGUGCAAUUCUAUACAGGUCUACUCAAGUAUGAGUCUUGCACCUUACUGGAAGCACACAGAGCUUUAAAUUCAUCGUUAGAUUUUUAAAGUUCCAAACUGAAAUGUUUAUUUUUCUCCAAUAGGAAUUUAGCUUAACUGGAUAUGAGUUUGUUGAGUCUCGUAUACUUCUGGAUCAGUCGGCUUCUAUUGUGCCUUCUCCUGUUCCGAGAGUACCUCAAACAUCACUAAAAAUAUUGUGAACAGCAGUUUUGAACCAUUCCAAAUGGAGAGUGAAUUGGGAUUUAUUUUAAUGGGUUUUUAUAAUAUUGGAAUUUUUUUUUUAAAAAAGAAAUGAAUGUAAGAGAUUCAAUCAGAAAUUACAUAUGUAUUUUAGGAUGAUAUUUGAUUUUUAAAAUGUUUACAUAAGUCUUUUGAGCAAAGGGCAAGUUUUUUUUCACAAAUAUAUAGGCACAGAUAAUACAGUGCCACAUCAGUCUGUAUUUCAUGUUCACUCACGUACGAAAUCAGUUAUGUCUUCAGCAUUACAAGGAGUGGUGAUUGGUUGCUCCAAUGUCAGUGGAGCAGGAAAUCCACUACAUAUUUUAAUCCAGGCUUUGAAGAUCUAUCUAGUGGCCUGAAAUCUAUCUUCAAAAUGGGUUGAGCACAUUGGAUAGCUCAUUGAAAGCUUGCCAAAACCUAGAAUGGAUUUCUACCUCACUAACAUGGGAGCCAACAACCUGUCCUUAUGACAUGCUAUAAAACUAGCAUCUAUUUAAAAAAUAGAUGCCAUUUUGUGGUGCUUUUUAUAGGCACAAUCUAAGUUGAGUACAAUAAAAUCCCAUUUAAUCAAUGGGAUUCCAAAAUGUUUAACACUGGAUAAAAUAAAAACGCUCACAAAAGCACAGAUAAUGGAUAAUCAUAUUACAGUCUUUGAUUGACUUGCAAUGAAAAUAGCAUAUGGAUUUCAUGUAUAUCUGUUGAUGUAUUGGGUUGGAUCCUUAUUGAGUCAUAGAGUAGAACAGUUCAAAUCCAUGGGACUUAGGCCUCUUCUAUACUGUCAUAUAAAUCCAGAUUAUCUGUUUUGACCGGAAUUUUAUGGCAGCCCAGACUCAUAUGCAGCUCACGGUGGUGCAGUGGGUUAAACCAGCUGACUUGUUGACUUAAAGGUCUUGGGUUCGAAUCCGGGAAGCAGGGUGAGCUUCUACCAACCUAGGAGUUUGAAAAUAUGCAAAUGUAAGUAGAUCAAUAAGUACCGCUCCAGCGGGAAGGUAAUGGCACUCCAUGCAGUCAUGCCAGCCACAUAACCUUGGAGGUGUCUACGGACAACAGCGGCUCUUUGGCUUAGAAAUGGAGAUGAGCACCAACCCCGAGAGUCGAACACGACUAGACUUCAUAUCAUGGGAAAAUUUUUCCCUUUACCUUUAUCUCGACUCAUAUCAUCCAGUGAAUUAUCUGCAUUUAUAAUCUGAAUUAUAUGGCAGUGCAGAAGGGGCCUUAAAUUAGUCACUCUAUUAAUUUCUAGUCUGAAUAUGACUUAAAUUUGUCUCCUGUCCAUUAUUUUACCAUAACCCUUGGUGCUGACAUCAGUAUGUUUUUCUGAGAUAUGUUUUUCCAUAUAUUUUCCAUUCUUCAUCAGCACAAGUGAUACAACCUUUUGUGGGCUUAUGUUAUUACAUAGGGCUUUAAGAUUGGUCAAAUAUUUAGUCUAAUGACUAGUCUUUUUGUUCAGAUCCUGAACCUGGUGCUUCAGUAGAGUGUGGAAAUGCCUUGAUUCAUUAAUACAAACCAAGAUGGAAUUAAUUGAUUUUUGUCAUAUAAUUAUUUGACUUUGUGUGGGGAAGGGGGGAAUCUCAUGAUUUAUUUUUCUGGCUUCAUUUAUGUACAACUUUCUAAACCCGUUUACUUUUUUUAUCAGUGUGAGGGUGCUUUGAGAUUUUGUUUAUGGUUGCAAAUUUUACAGCUAGGUGAGGUACUGUUUACAACAAAGUUGCAUCUAUUUUGGAAAAUGUAUGCAUCUACUUGAAAUAAAUGAUUGAAUUGGA